AUCAUCAGAAGUUGGACCGUGAAGCUCGAAUCUGUCGUUUACUGAAGCACCCCAACAUUGUUCGGCUACAUGACAGCAUCUCAGAGGAGGCGCAUCAUUACCUCAUCUUUGACCUGGUAACAGGUGGAGAGCUAUUUGAAGAUAUUGUAGCCAGAGAAUAUUACAGUGAAGCUGACGCCAGUCACUGUAUCCAACAGAUUUUAGAGGCGGUGCUACAUUGUCACCAGAUGGGCGUGGUCCACCGAGACCUGAAGCCAGAGAACCUCCUGCUAGCCUCAAAGUCAAAAGGAGCAGCGGUGAAACUGGCCGACUUCGGCCUCGCCAUCGAGGUGGAGGGAGACCAGCAGGCCUGGUUUGGCUUUGCGGGGACUCCAGGUUACCUGUCCCCAGAGGUGUUGAGGAAGGAUCCAUACGGCAAAGCAGUCGACCUUUGGGCCUGUGGUGUGAUUCUCUACAUCUUAUUGGUCGGUUACCCUCCGUUCUGGGAUGAAGAUCAGCAUCGUCUCUACCAGCAGAUCAAAGCUGGAGCUUAUGAU